AUGUGGCCCAUCGGUCGUCACCCCCAAAAUGCGGAAGGACAGCCCAUUUACCUGGCAGUGAAGGGAGUAGUAUUUGAUGUCACUUCUGGAAAAGAAUUUUAUGGAAAAGGAGCCCCAUACAAUGCUUUGGUUGGAAAAGACUCAACAAGAGGAGUUGCAAAGAUGUCUCUGGAUCCAGCAGAUCUUACACAUGACAUAACAGGACUCACAGAAGAAGAACUGAAGUCCCUGGAUGAUAUCUUCAAUAAUGUUUAUAAGGCCAAAUAUCCAAUUGUUGGCUAUACUUCUCGAAGAAUUCUCAAUGAGGAUGGCAGCCCCAAUCUAGACUUUAAACCUGAAGAUCAGCCACAUUUCAACAUUAAAGAUGAGUUUUGA